AAAAUAUUCGCACUUUUGGGGCCAAACGGUUGCGGAAAGACCACACUUUUGCGACUAGUGUUGGGACGACUGAAGUUCAAAAAUGGUUACAUUAGAGUAUUCGGCGAAGAGCCGGCCAGUGCCCGCUCAGACAUACCGGGCCCUGGGGUCGGGUAUAUGCCUCAAGAAAUCGCACUCUUUAACGAGUUCACAAUACAAGAGAGUCUAACCUAUUACGGCACGAUAUACCACAUGGACAGGGAUGAGAUACGGGAGCGCAUAAAGGACUUGUUAGAGCUGUUGAAUUUGCCUGAAAAGGGACGACCAGUGAGCCAACUAAGUGGUGGUCAACAGAGACUCACGUCUAUCGCGGUUACUAUGAUUCACAGACCGAAACUCCUUAUCCUGGAUGAGCCCACUGUUGGUGUGGACUCUCUCCUCAGGUGUCGUAUUUGGCAGUAUUUGGAGAAAAUGUGUCGAAACUAUGGAAUAACAGUGAUUAUAACGACUCAUUACAUAGAAGAGGCCCGAACUGCACAUAACGUCGGGUUUAUGAACAACGGAUGUGUCUUAAGACAGGCCAACCCUAACAAACUGAUGGCUGAGUACGGGUGCCCUACACUCGAA